GAAACAAGGACAAAAUGUUGUUUUCAUUGUUUCACCCUCUUCUUCUUUUAAAAAUUACUUCUACUGCCACUCCUCGAUUAUGGUGCCAAUAGAAGGGCCCACACUCAUCCCCGUUCAGUUUGCAGAUAUAAAUAUCCUUCUCUCCAACGGUUCCCUCACGUUACUCGCGUAUCUCCGUAAUUCGUUGCCCAACAUGAGCGCGAUCUCUUUCUUACCGUCUGUUUCUUUUCCUCCGCAAAUCUUCCCCCGAGCGGUUCUUGUGUAAAAGAGAAAAGAGAGAGAGGAAAGGAAAGAAACGAAAGGACCCGUGAAGCUUUGCUUGCGUGAUGCGUGGUAGAAUGGUGACACGACCAAGAAACGGCUAGCGAUCCUUUCCCUCUACUUUUCUUCUCUUGUUCUUCAAAAUGGCGUUCCCGCAUGUCAUGAUAUAUAGAAAAAAUAAACCCUAACAAUCUCUCUUCUUUUUUAUUUCCGUUCGGUCUUUUUUUUUUUCUUUUCUCGGCUGAUUUCGCUGUAAAUAUUGAGAGAUAGAGAGAGAUGGGAGAGUUAGCGAAAGUGUUAUAUAUAGUGGUGGUGGACGGAGGCGAGAGGAGAGAGAAGGUGACGUCGUCGUUUCGGUACAUGCGUCCUGUUCUUCAGAGCACUCUCCAACUCAUGGGCUGCAAAGCUCGUCAUGCCUUCAAGAUUAGCCAGAGGGUUUUUGAAUUGAUAAGAAGGGAACCUUCUUACAACUCUCUACUUCAAGAGGGAAGUGAGACAUUGAAUUCUGAAGGUUUCAAAGGAAACUCUGAGAAGGAGGAUGUUCAUCCUACCAGUGGUGACUUUUGUAGAGCAGAGGCAGGCAGCCGUUUAGUUUCAGAUAAAGAUGAUAGAAAUAAGAGUAUACCAUUUGAGUUGUACAAAAGACGUACAUCAAUUGUCAUAAAAAGAGAAACUUUCUUAGAUGUUGUAUGUGAAGCUCUGGCUGAAUAUAAGUAUGUGGGUCCAAACCAGAGGGCUGACUUGGUUAUGGCAUGCAGAAUCCGAGAGAGGAAGGAAUCUGUAACUGUGCUGUUGUGUGGCACUAGUGGUUGUGGCAAAUCUACUUUGUCUGCUUUAUUGGGUAGCAGGUUGGGAAUAACAACUGUGAUUUCAACUGAUUCUAUUCGCCACAUGAUGAGGAGUUUUGUAAAUGAGAAGGAAAAUCCUCUACUCUGGGCUUCGACCUACCAUGCCGGGGAGUGUUUGGAUCCUGUUGCAGUUGCCGAAGCGAAGGCUAAAAAAAAGGCAAAAAAAUUGGCAGGCAUUGCUCAAUCACUUCCUAAGGGUGAGGAAGAUGAUUGUUCUUCAACUGGCAAGGAGGCCCGACCAAUGGAGAGUGGUUCUCCUUGUACUGAAUUGAUCGGUCCCAAACAGAUGGCAGUUGAAGGAUUCAAGGCACAAAGUGAGAUGGUGAUAGACAGUCUAGACAGACUGAUUACUGCAUGGGAAGAGAGGAAAGAGUCAGUGGUUGUCGAGGGUGUUCACUUAAGCCUUAAUUUUGUUAUGGGACUAAUGAAGAAACACCCCUCUAUUAUGCCAUUCAUGAUAUACAUUACGAAUGAAGACAAACACUUAGAAAGAUUUGCUGUUCGUGCAAAGUACAUGACGUUGGACCCUGCAAAAAAUAAGUAUGUGAAGUAUAUAAGGAAUAUUAGGACGAUACAAGAUUAUCUAUGCAAACGAGCUGACAAGCAUUUGGUCCCCAAAAUAAACAACACAAAUGUUGACAGAAGCGUGGCGGCCAUACAUGCAACAGUUUUCAGUUGCCUCCGCAGGCGUGGAGCUGGGGAUCCACUUUAUGAUCUUGUAACAAAUACAGUUGCUGUGGUUGAUGAGGAAUACAGGAAUCAGUGUGCUGCCAAUUCACUGAGCUCCAAGGGAAUGUUUCAGUUGAUCCAGAGGAAUGGUUCUUCCAGGCAAUUGAUGGCUCUUCUUAACACUGAUGGAUCCGUGGCCAAAGCUUGGCCAGUUGAAUCAGUUGAUAGUAAUAGAAUGCCCAUCUCUGGCCAUGGGACUGAGGGUGGAUGCAUUCCAUUAUAUGGACCUUUAAAAAUUGGCAAGGCUGAACCUGUUAAUCUUCAAUUUGGUCACUUUGGAAUUAGUGCCUGGCCUAGUGAUGGUGGCACAAGUCGUGCUGGAAGUGUAGAUGAGUUUAGAUGUGAUGGGACUGAUAAUGGCAGUAGAUACCAAUCUUCUUGCUGCAGCUCACCAAGGAUGUCUGAUGGUCCUGCAAAGGAGCUAAAGGAGGAAAAUUCAGUGCAUGGCAGUGAUGAAGAAGUAGAUGAUCCACCUGAGGUGGACAGUGAUGAGGAUUUAAGUGAUGAUGGUGAUAAACAGGUCCAUGAAGAGGUAGGCUCUGUUGAUGAAGGCUCAACAAAGUCAGAUGAAGAGUAUGAUGAUCUAGCAAUGCAGGAUGUGCAGGAGAAUGGCUACUGGUCAGACGAUGAAGAUGACCCCCGUGAUAAGGUAGUGACAUUUUCCACGGACCAAGCAACCCACACAAGAGGGGAUAAAUAUAACAAGAAUUUGGACCUCUUCCUUAGAAGUAGAAGUGAGCAGUUUUCUGAGCCACUAUGCUCUUACUCUUCUCUGCUUACAGAGAAGAACGAGAGGGUAUUGGAAACUUUAGGCAGUGUUAAAAUGAGAAAACGCUCCCUCAGCAUUCCAGCUUUGGGGAAGCAUGGAUCAAUAAUCAGUGAUCCCAUACUUUCUGGAGCCCCUCAUCGGUUGUGAAAUAAUUUUGUUCAUGGUAUUUGAUAGUUUUCUUUAUAACCUUUUGCGGCUUGUAUAAUUACUAGGUAAUUUAGUCCAGGUUGCUAACCCCUGCCCACUUUCUGCUCUCAUGUAUAAUUUCAUGACUGGGAACUACCACUGAUGCUUAAAUGUUGAUUUUUGUUUUUUGAUAAAUGCCAUGAGCAAC